CAGCUGCCAUCCAGCCACCCUCCCUGGGGGCAGCCCCUCCCAGCCAGUAGCCCAGCCCGGCCCCCCCAUAUAAGACCAGGGCUGCGGGCCCUUCCCUUGGGUCAGUGUUGCCUCCAGGAUACAGACAGCCCCUUUCAGCGCAGCCCGGCCAGGCCCCCCACACUGCCACCAUGCCGUUCGGUAACACCCACAACAAAUUCAAGCUGAACUACAAGCCUGAUGAGGAGUACCCAGACCUCAGCAAACACAACAACCACAUGGCCAAGGUGCUGACCAUUGACCUCUACAAGAAGCUGCGGGACAAGGAGACCCCAUCUGGCUUCACUCUGGACGACAUCAUCCAGACAGGUGUGGACAACCCAGGUCACCCCUUCAUCAUGACCGUGGGCUGCGUGGCCGGUGACGAGGAGUGCUACGUGGUGUUCAAGGAUCUCUUCGACCCCAUCAUCCAGGACCGGCACGGGGGCUACAAACCCACCGACAAGCAUAAGACCGACCUCAACCAUGAGAACCUCAAGGGUGGAGACGACCUGGACCCUAACUACGUGCUCAGCAGCCGCGUCCGCACCGGCCGUAGCAUCAAGGGCUUCACGCUGCCCCCGCACUGCUCCCGCGCCGAGCGCCGAGCGGUGGAGAAACUCUCCGUGGAAGCCCUCAACAGCUUGACAGACGAGUUCAAGGGGAAAUACUACCCUCUGAAGAGCAUGACAGAGCAGGAGCAGCAGCAGCUUAUCGAUGAUCACUUCCUGUUCGACAAGCCCGUGUCCCCACUGCUGCUCGCCUCAGGCAUGGCCCGCGACUGGCCGGACGCCCGCGGCAUCUGGCACAAUGAUAACAAGACCUUCCUGGUGUGGGUGAACGAGGAGGACCACCUCCGAGUCAUCUCCAUGCAGAAAGGGGGCAAUAUGAAGGAGGUUUUCCGCCGCUUCUGCGUGGGGCUGCAGAAGAUUGAGGAAAUCUUCAAGAAAGCCGGCCACCCCUUCAUGUGGAACGAGCACCUGGGCUACGUGCUCACCUGCCCGUCCAACUUGGGCACCGGGCUGCGUGGAGGUGUGCAUGUGAAGCUGGGGCACCUGAGCAAGCAUCCCAAGUUCGAGGAGAUCCUCAAGCGUCUGCGCCUGCAGAAGCGGGGCACAGGUGGCGUGGAUACGGCUGCCGUGGGCUCGGUGUUCGAUGUCUCCAACGCCGAUCGGCUGGGCUCAUCAGAGGUAGAACAGGUGCAGCUGGUGGUGGACGGGGUGAAGCUCAUGGUGGAGAUGGAGAAGAAGCUGGAAAAGGGCCAGUCCAUCGACGACAUGAUCCCCGCCCAGAAGUAGGCGCCCAGCCUGCCCGUCGCCGACCGCUGGAGCCCCAGCCAAAGGGAAGACCCGGCCCCGCGGAGGCCCACCCCUCCACCCUUGCCCCGCCUUCUUUCCAGGGUUGGGAGUGCCACCUAUUCAGGUUCCAUCACCUGGGGCUCUAGCCACCCUUCUCGGAGUUCCAAUUCCAAUCAGAGUUCCAACCAAUGGGAUCCAUCCUCUGGGUUCUGGCCAAUGAAAAACUUCCCUCAAGUCUUCCUCUGAAAGGUCCCCAGCACAUCUGGAGCUCAUGCCUUUUCUCCACUCAAAGCAACAAGUAAAAGCAAUGGUGGCCUUA